AUGUAUAGACAAAUACCUUUAACUGUUGCGUUCAGUAGUGAAAACCCCGACGUCAAAAUAAAGGGGAACAGAGUAACGUUUAAGUUUCCAACAGACUGGAUUGUGAACAUAAAUGAAGAGAAGUACAUUGGCAUAACAUCUAUGUAUAUAACACGUGCUUUCAGAAAGGUUGACUUUAUACUUCAAGUCGAGAUAGAAAAUGACGAACAGUCUUUAAGCGCCCAAAACAUUCACAUAUACAAAUACUUUAAAGACGAUACAACAUUGCAACAAUGUAUGAUUUCAUUUAAUGAGAUGUUCGAGAAAAAGUUCAACAUUGAAGUACAAACUUUACAGCCUUUACGUGAGUUUCUUGCACAACUGAAAGAAGAAGGUAGUCGCCACAACUUAUAG